GAAAUGACAGUUUCUUACACCGUUGAAGUGGCCGAUGCUCGAUUUGGCGGCUUCUCCAAACUGCUGUUCAGGUGGAAAGGAAGCAUCUACAGGCUGCUGUACAAAGACCUCCUGGUGUUCUGUGGAGUUUAUCUGUUCUUCAGUGUGUUUUACAGGUUCCUCCUCACACCAAAGCAGCAGGAUCUGUUUGAGCGGAUCGCUCUUUACUGUGACCAGUUCACCAACACCAACUUUAUCCCAGUUCUGUUUGUACUGGGCUUCUAUGUGACGCUGGCCUUUAACCGAUGGUGGGGUCAGUACACCAGCUUCCCGCUGCCUGAUAACCUGAUGAUGGUUGUGUCCGGGAACGUCCACGGCGCAGACGAGAGGGGUCGUCUGCUGCGGCGAACACUCAUGAGAUACGCCAACUUAUCCUCAGUUCUCAUCCUUCGCUCCAUCAGCACACGAGUCCGCAAGCGUUUCCCAACUUUGGAGCACGUGGUGGAGGCUGGAUUCAUGACCACACACGAGCUGAAGAUGUUCGAGUCUCUACACUCUGAUUUCAACAAGUACUGGAUGCCUUUGACCUGGUUCUCGAACCUGGCGGCCAGAGCCAGAGAGGAAGGUCGAGUGAGGGACGACAUCGCCCUGAGACUGCUCAUGGAUGAGCUGAAUAACUACAGAGGCAGGUGCAGCCUCCUGUUCCACUAUGACUGGAUCAGCAUCCCUCUGGUCUACACUCAGGUUGUUACUUUAGCAGUUUACUCUUUUUUUGCCUUCUGCGUGAUCGGACGACAAUUUCUGAACCCUGAGAAAGGAUACAAGGGACACUCACUGGACAUGUACGUCCCUGUUUUCACCCUGCUGCAGUUCUUCUUCUACGCCGGAUGGCUCAAGGUCGGAGAGCUGAUCAUUAAUCCAUUCGGCGAGGACGAUGAUGACUUUGAAACCAACCAGCUGAUUGACAGAAACAUCCAGGUGUCGAUGCUGGCUGUAGAUGACAUGUACCAGAACUUGGCUCCAAUUGAGAAGGACAAGCACUGGGCGCAGGGACAUUUCUCCAUCCCUUACACUCUGUCCACAGCAGCAGAGACUCUCAAACCGGCCUUCAAAGGCUCCACCUUUGACAUGAGGAUGAGUGCAGAGGACCUUGAGAUUCACCAGCCUGCAGACGCUCCUGGAAAGAAACAGUAUUUCCCUCUGAGAGGCUCUCUGGGAGACGGUCUCGACUGUCUUCUGCAGAGGGGUAAAGGAAUCCUGCGAGGUGGGAGCCUGCCGUCUCUGAUGGACGUCUCACCACACCUGAAUGAGGAGGACAAACCUUAUGCGUCCCCUGAGGGCGACGCCACCAACCACAGAGAACAAGGCGAUGCUUUCAUCAAAGUUGACCACAACUUUUGA